AUGUCCUUUAACAACAAGACUCAACAACAGUAUCACUCUCAAAACCCUUACCCGGCUACUGUCAUCUCUUCAGACGCUGAUUUUCGUCUUGCCCAAAAGCUUCAAGAUGAGGAAUACGCUCGUUGGGUGGAGUCAAACCCGCAGCAAGAGCCUGUUCUAAACCGUGCGGGUGAAUCGUCCGUCGGCCCUCACCUACCUAGAGCACCAAUGCCGCCAAUACCUGAACAUUAUCAAUAUAAUCAUCAUCAACAAUUUCAAAAUAGCCCUUCAUACCAAUCUCCCAUAGUUUAUGCUUCUCCAAAUCAACCUCCUUUACCUUACUCUCAAACUUCUACAUAUGCAAAUAAUGGCGCAAGUGGUGGGGCCAAUAAUCAACCGUAUUAUGGGAGCUUGAAUCAGG